AUGAAAGUGAUUAUUGCAUUGACUGUCAUCGUUGCUCUAGGGGCGUGUGCCCCAAGUUCACCCAAAUACUCUGAGGUUCAGGCAAGACGAGCAUUACCUGCACUGGAGCAUGAAGAAGUGCAUGAUGAAUUCGGGCAGUAUGCUCUUCGGUAUGUUACAGCUGAGGGUACGGUGGUCUCGGAACGUGGUAGACUUGUACCUACGGCGAGUGGUGACUACGUGCUAGUCACAGAGGGCGAAGUCUCAUACGUCGGAGACGAUGGUGAACUCUACAUUAUGAAGUUUACUGCAGGACUAGAUGGAUACCAUGUGGAGAAUACUCACCACCCCCUUGCUGAGAAUCCUGAACAGAACCCUGAACAGAAUGAAGCUGCUGCGGCCCAGUGA